GCCGGGCCCGGCACACUCCCCCAGAGCUGCCGCCCACACCCCUGCGUCCACCCUGCCGCCUGGCCGGGCCCGGCUGCCCGCUGUGGAUGAGCCACAGGACCUCCUCCAGCUUCAGAGCCGAGAGAAGCUUCCACUCCUCCUCCUCCUCGGCCUCGGCCUCGGCCUCCUCAGCCGCCCGAGCCCUCCCAGCCCAGGACCCACCCAUGGAGAAGGCCUUGAGCAUGUUUUCCGAGGAUUUUGGCAGCUUCAUGCGGCCCCGCUCGGAGCCCCUGACCUUCCCAGCCCUCCCCACAGCCCGCACCGGGGGGCCGGGCAACAUCAAGACCCUUGGCGAUGCCUAUGAGUUUGCCGUGGACGUGAGCGACUUCUCCCCCGAGGACAUCAUCGUCACCACGUCCAACAACCACAUCGAGGUGCGCGCUGAGAAGCUGGCAGCUGAUGGCACGGUCAUGAACACCUUCGCUCACAAAUGCCAGCUGCCCGAGGACGUGGACCCCACCUCCGUGACCUCAGCCCUGAGGGAGGACGGCAGCCUCACCAUCCGGGCGCGGCGACACCCGCACACAGAGCAUGUCCAGCAGACCUUCCGGACAGAGAUCAAAAUCUGAGGGCCGCCCCUUCCCCCGCCCUCCCCUCCUCCCCCUCCCCCACCCCCUACUGGCCUGCCAGAGUUUUCCUAACCCCUCCUAACAGCUGCCAGGACAUCUCAGCCCGGGCUCCAGCCCUGACACCCCCAAGACCCCAGGUGGGUCAUCCCCACCCCAAAACGGAGGCCUCUGCUCUGCCUGGGACAGGCCAGGGGCCCCCUCUCCUUCCAGAGGUGGCCUCUCACUUCUGCAGAACAAAGGGGUUGGGGUGGGGAAGGAAGACCCAGAGAACCAACCCACUUGGGGAAGGAAGCUGAGGAGGGGCAGGGUCUCUGGGCAAGUCAUCUGCAGGACAGACGGCCGGCCGAGCAGCUCCGCUGCCCCACGGGGUCUCUGCCGGGCAGGGGCAGGGGCGGGGAGGGCGAGGGCCCUGGCACCCCCUGGGCAAGGGGAGCAGGAGAGGCAGGUCCCCGGGCGCAGAGGGCGGCCAGGAGACAGCCAGGAUGGAAACCUCCCCUUUUCCACUCGCGAAGCCCCGAACCAGCCGCCUGCCCACCGGGAGCCCCAGCCAGCCAGCCGGGCCCGGGCAGGGCCACGUGGCGUUUGUAUACAGCCGGGGUUUUUCCAAUACAGCUGGUUCGUGACAAACUGUGACACUCCUGCCAUCUGUUACCUGCUCAUGUCCCCAGGCCAGGCCAGGCUGAGGGGUGCGGCUGGGGCUGCCUCCAUGCCGAUGGGUCACCGAGCCCAUGUGGGAGAGAGACCAUGGGUGGGGCUGUGGGUCUCCAGGUCAGACAGUGUCUGGCCAACCUUGGCCACGGCCAGUCCUUGCUCCCUCUUCAAGCUACGAAUCUACAGGUUUGGUGUGUGUUUACCGCCCGGGGACACACACACACCUGCCGUCCUUCAAACCCUAAGCAUGACCAUUGGUUGAGCCCAAAUUCAGCCCAUUCUAAAGUCAGAUUCAGUCUCCAUAUUCAUCAGGGGGGAAACUGAGUCUCUGAGCAGGUGACUGCCCAACUUGCUCAUGAACAUGAACCCAGGAAGUCCAAGGCUACUCUGAAAGCGCCCCUCCUCUGGGUGCCGGGAAGUGGCUCCCCCUCUCUGCCUCUCUUGGCCUUGGCCUCUGUCCCCACACCUUUCUGCUGGAGAAAGCCCCCGAGCCAGGUCCCUCCUAGUCCCCAGGCCAGGGAGCGGCUCAGACAGCCUUCAUCUUGGGGAGCCUCAGCUGCCUGCGAUGACCCUGGCUCCGUCUCCACAUACAAAACCCGGGGGAAGGGGAGGGUGGUUCACAGUGUAGGGUGGCCUCUCACCCUGCCAUUCUGGGGUCUUUAGGGGACAAUUCGGGGGGAGAAGGGCAGGGGAGGGUCCUGGCGUUGUACCCUGCACACAUAAUAAACGACAGAAUCACAGACUUC